AUGGCGCCGCCCCCAGCCCCGCUGCUGGCGCUGAGAGCCGGCGAGACCCGGCCCGGUUGCGGGAAGCCCGGGGCCGUGCGGUUCGCGGACGUGGCCGUGUACUUCUCCCCGGAGGAGUGGGGGUGUCUGCGGCCCGCGCAGCGGGCCCUGUACCGGGACGUGAUGCGGGAGAACUACGGCCACCUGGGCGCGCUCGGAUUCCCGGGCCCCAAACCAGCCCUCAUCUCUUGGAUGGAACGGGAGAGUGAGGCUUGGAGCCCCGCCGCCCAGGACCCUGACGAGGGACAGAGCCCGGGAGGGGCUCUGAGAGGACAAGCCCCAAACAAGAAGAAGGAGGAGGAACCCCAGGAAGCAUCGGGGGUCAAGGGACCUGCAAACGCGCCUGAGGAGUUGGUUACCCACAGCACCGACCGUCCCAUCAGCAUGGCCUCGGCGAGAGCAGAGCCGCCACCAGCCAAGGUUGCCUGGGACCGGACGGCAGGUGCACAGCCGCCGGCGCCCGGCUUGGACGCUCAGGCCAGCCAGCGGCGCCACGUGUGUGCGGACUGCGGCCGCCGCUUCACCUACCCCUCGCUGCUGGUCAGCCACCGGCGCAUGCACUCGGGCGAGCGGCCCUUCCCCUGCCCCGAGUGCGGCACGCGCUUCAAGAGGAAGUUCGCGGUGGAGGCGCACCAGUGGAUCCACCGCUCCUGCUCCGGGGGGCGGCGGGGCCGGAGGCCGGGGAUCCGCGCGGUGCCCCGCGCCCCGGUGCGAGGGGACCGGGACCCGCCUGUGCUCUUCAGACACUACCCGGACAUCUUUGAGGAGUGCGGGUGAGCCGCUGCCCCAGGGUGGGGUUGAACCUGACCGUGGGCACGAAGGACUGACUUGAGCCCGGACGCUGGCUCCUGAGCCAGGGACUUGGGAACUGAAAUGCAUCCCUUUGAGCUUCCCUCAAGGAUCCCUCAAGUUUCCGAACUUGUGAAACAGAAAAGUGCCUGUAAAGAUGCAGCUAGAUGAAGCCUGACACCCAGUCUUUUGUUAAAAAAAAAAAAAAAAAAAAAAAGCGAUGCUGGACUUUUCUCGAAAUGGCUCAGUAGCAGGUGCAGUGCGGUUGAGUUCUUUGCAUCAUCUCAGGACGCAUCAGUUGCUCGGUUAUCCACUGCCAGACCUGGCUAAUUGUCACCCGCAGGGAGCCCCGUGGAGUGGGUGGGGGGUGUACAGGUGCCCGCAGGUGCCCAGAUCUAGGCUCCGCACCUGGCCCCCUCCCUCCAGCCUCAGUUCGCUCUAAGGAGGCAGGGCGCCAUUCCAGCGUAGCAAAUAAAUAAAUAAAUAACAAAUGAAACACAGGAAGGGGCUCAGGUUGCGGGAUGGGGUCCAGACUCCCUGGGAGAUCCCUAGAGAAGCUGAGCCCGUGCAUGCUAGAGCCCCUGUUCUCUUCCUUUUCCUUUUUUUUUUUUUUUUUUUUUAGAUGUAUUUAUUGUAUUUGAAAGGCAGAGUUACAGAGAGAGAGAAAGAGAGAGGUCUUCCAUCCGCUGCUUCACUCCCCAAAUGGCCACCAACAGCCAGGGACUGGGCCAGGCUGAAGCCAGCAGCCAGGAGCUUCUUCCAGGUCUCCCACGUGGGUGCAGGGGCUCAAGCACUUGGCCAUCUUCUACUACUUUCCCAGGCACAGCCGGGAAUUGAACUGGUGCCCAUAUGGGAUGCCGGUGCUGCAGGUAGGGGCAUUACCCACCAUAGCACAGUGCCUGCUCCCUGGUGUCUGGUUCGAAUCCCAGCUGCUCCCCUUCCAAUCCAGCUCUCUGCUAUGGCCUGGGAAAGCAGUAGAAGAUGGCCCAAGUCCUUGGGUCCCUGCACCUGCGUGGGAGACCAGGAAGAAGCUCCUGGCUCCUGGCUUCAGAUCAGUGCAGCUCCGGCCAUUGCAGCCAAUUGGGAAGUGAACCAGCGGAUGGAAGACCUUUCUCUCUCCCUCUCUCUCUGCCUCUGCCUUUCAAAUAAACAAAGAAAUCUUAAAAAAAAAAAAAAAA